AUGAUUUUCAACGAAAUAAAAGUACAAUUACUAACUUACUUAACUUUCAAAAUUUUUUUAUCUGACGCCCUUUAUCGUGGAUCAAAUGUUGACGUCAUAUACACCAACUUUGCUAAGAUAAUCUCCUUUAUUGAAAAUCGUCAGCAAAUCGUAGUUUACAAAGAAUUCUUGUCUAUUCCAGUACGUGUUACAUCGGGAGUUCCACAAGGGUCCCAUUUAGCGCCAAUACUAUUCCUUAUUUUUAUUAAUGACAUUCUAUUUCAAACUUGCUCUGAAUUAAUGUUUGCAGAUGAUAUAAAGAUUUUCCGUACAGUUAAUAAUCAAAAUGAAGCUGAUUUACUUCAGCUUGAUUUAAAUUAUCUCUAUGAGUGGUGUACUUACAAUAAUUUUACUCUUAAUAUUAAUAAAUGCCAAUUAAUGACAUUUUCCAGAGCUCGAGUAGUUUCUUUUUUUGAUUAUAAUCUCAAUGGUGAACCAUUACUUCGGACUUUUGGGCCAAUUAAAGACUUUGGUAUUUAUUUUGAUCCCAAACCCAAAUUUGACUGUCAUAUUACGAACAUAGUUAACAGGUCAAAUAAAAUCCUUGGUUUUAUCUAUCGUAAUUGUGCUGAUUUCGAUGAUUCACUUGCUUUGAAGUCAGUAUAUUGCAGCUUGGUUCGAUCUAUUUGUGAGUAUGGCUCAAUAAUAUGGUCUCCAUACCAAUCGGGUCAUAAACAUAAAAUUGAAGAAAUUCAACACAAGUUCUUACGUUUCCUCUCGCAUAAAUGUUCCAUAAUUAGAGAACCCCAUUCUUCUUACACUUCACUAUUAACGUUUCUUAACAUCGAAACACUUGAACAACGUCAUUUGCGAUUAGAAUUGUAUUUUACCUAUAAACUCCUUACAGGACUUAUUGACUGUCCUGAGUUUCUAUGUCGUUUCUCCUUCCACACCCCAUCUCGCAACUCCUGA